AUGCAUCUACUCGAUUUGCCAGUAGAGCUUUUGCACGAAAUCCUUGGUUGGGCUAUUUUAGUCCGGGGAAUCAAGCGCGGCCUCCGGUUACGGCUUGUGAAUAGUAGGCUUUGCUCUGCCGACUGUGCCAUCUUCUGCUUACCAACGGCUAUAGGGAUCUUUGCUAGCGAGAUUGUGGCUGCGCUUUCGCUAUUGAAGCUUCUUGAUACCUACUUCAAGCCCCUGCCCGUUGGCAGCGACGAGGCUGUACCUUCUAUCGCUACAACGUAUCUUGAACGCCGAGUGUUGAACGAGCGUCGCGGUGGGGCUCCUGUGCUACUCUGGAUUCGCAGCGUCGCCAACCGACUAAGCCAAGAGACGGAUGACGAACGAAACGAGUACGACUACGUUCGGCAGCUAUGCCCUCUUGUGUUAGAAACAUAUAGCCUACGCGUACGCCUCGACGAGCUAUGGACGGUGGACCAAGCCGUGGGAUGGUAUGACGGGCUUUUCAACGAGAGCAACUUAGAAACUGAUGUCUAUAUCACUGCCGUAUACACACAAACGCUCUCUGUUGUUUCCAGAUGGAUCUCGAGCAGAAGGGGUUUGGCGAAAAGCAGUCAUCUCUUUGGUAGGGCACAUCACCAUGCGGCUCGGUACGGUAACCACGAGCUUCUUGCUGCUAUGAUGGACCUACGGUACGAGGAUGACUUUCAAAGACUGCGAACAUCCUUUCUCGUAGAAGCUGCCGAGUAUGGGCGUGUAGGCGUGACGCGGUUCGUGUUGGAUUUCCAGGCCGUAGAGCGUCCGUGGUUAUUUUCAAGAAAGAUUAAACGGCCGUCCUAUCUCUCUUCUAACGAAAGAGAGCUAGCUUUGCUAAAUACACCUAGUUGGGAGAUUUUUAACGUGGUGAUGGAGAAACGAAGGGAGCACUGCGUUAGCAGAACGUUUGGUAUUAAGGAAUACACAGGAUUCUUGGCAUAUAGCGCAAGACAUGGGUGGGUAGAUAUGACAGAGCGCUACCUUGCUCUUGGAGCGCGUGUAGACGGCCUAGGAUUGUCUAGCGAGUACAGGCAACGACCCCUUCUAGGCGCUUGUAGAAACGGGCACAAGGACGUAGUUCAGGUGUUGUUAGAACAUGGUGCGAGUGCGUGUAAGCCGGCGUUGGAGACAGCAGUACAAAAUGGACAUUUUGAAGUUGUUUCUCUGCUUCUGGAGUACAAUGCGGAGCAAGGGAAUGCACUUACGGAAGCGGUUUGCAAGGGGUACCGAAGCAUUGUUCGUAGGCUAAUAGGGCGUGGAAGCUACGACAAAGAAUUUCUGCAAGGCUUGCUCGAUCGGGCGGUUGAGAUUGAGGACCAGGCUAUGUUGGAAGAUCUGCUAGAAUAUAGUAGAGGUGCUAGAGUAGGCAGAGUAGAAUUCGGAAAAGAGGUCAAAAAAGAGAUAGUUAAGAAUAAAGCGUAA